AUGAAUGUAGGUGGUGAUAAUGGUGAUAAGACAGUCGCUGAACCAACUCAAAUAACUCCAAAAAAUGCAAAAGAAAUGCGCAAUAAAGUUUGUAUGGACAUUGGGAGGUGUUUCUUUGAGAAUGCUUUGCCUUUCCAUUUAGCUAAGAGUCUUUCGUUUAUCAAUAUGUGUCGUUCAAUUGGCAAUUAUGGUAGGGGAUUGAAAUCUCCUAGUAUGUAUGAGCUUAGGACAUGGAUAUUGAAGGAGGAGAUAAAGACUACCGAUGCUAUAGUUGAGGAUGUUAAGAAGACAUGGCCACAAACGGGAGUUUCAAUUAUGUCUGAUGGAUGGUCAGACAUUAGAAAUCGAAAUGCAAAAAGGUUGUUUAAAAUGUUGGGUGAUGUUAUUGAAGAAAUUGGAGAGCAUCUUGUUAUUCAAGUAGUUAUUGAUAAUGCGAGUGCCUUCAAAGCGGCGGAGUUGCCACAACAUAAGAAUGCCUCACUGAAAGCGAAAAAAUUGAGCAAGUUUAUUCACAAUCAUCAAUGGGCCCUAAGCUUGAUGCGAAAAUUUUCCAAAAGAGAUAUUUUAAGACUUGCUGCUACAAGAUUUGCAACCGCAUUUCUUACACUGCAAAGCAUUAAUCAAGUGAAGCAACCUUUAGAGGCUAUGUUUACUUCUGAAGAGUGGACAAGUUGUGCUUGGGUAUCUAAACCAGAAGGAAAAGAAGCAAGGAAAAUAGUUUUGAAGGACAAACAUUUUCGGCCAAGUGUGGUUUAUGCCAUUAAGACCACAAAACCUUUGGUUGAAGUGUUGAGGUUAGUUGACGCUGAUAAAGAACCAGCUAUGGGUUAUCUCUACAAUGCCAUGGAUUCAGCAAAAGAAAAAAUAGCACAAAAUUUGGGUGGGGAAGAAAAAGAUUACAAGGAGAUAUGGGAAAUAAUAGAUGAGAAAUGGGAACUUCAGUUGCAUCGACAUUUGCAUGUCGCUGCGUACUUUUUGAAUCCUCGUUGUCAUUAUGCACCGGGAUUUUCCAACCAUCCAGAGAUAAAGUUGGGUUUGUUCCAUUGUAUGGACAAACUUAUACCGAACCCCGAAGACAGAGAGAAAGCUGACCUUCAAUGUAGCACUUUUCACAACAAGGAAGGGGUUGACUUGGGGACAUCUUGCCGAAUUGGGCCAGGCGGGCUGGGCCGAAUUGGUGCUGAAUGGAGUGGGCCUGGAGAAAUGCUUGCUGAAGGAAAGUUGGGAUUGGUGGAGCUGGGUGGACAGCUGGCUUGGGCCAAAGGAGUGAUUCGGUUGGAGGAGCUACGACUGGGGAAUGCUGAAGAGAGCUUGGGACAGCUGGCGGCAUCAGGAGUGUUGGGUGCUGAAGGCAUGCUGCGUGAUGGGCAGGGAGGAGAGCUGGAAGAAGGGAGCUCGACUGGGCUGAUGUUGGCGGGUUGGGCCGACUGCAAUGCUUGA